AUGAGUCGUGAGCUGCUUUUGCCUGCCUUACUGCUGCUCGUAUCGGUGAAGUACAGCGAUUCGGUCGAGUCCCGAUACUAUGCGACGGGAUCGGCAGAAUCCGGCAGUGUUCGAUACGAUGCACCGGACGACUGCAAAUACCGUGUGCUCCCCGAUAACGAUGUGGAUCUGAUAUGCAAUCUGCGAACGGUGAAUAGUGAGUUUGAUAAUACCAACUUCAGUGUUAUACCCGCGGAGCAUACGGCCGCACUGUCCAUCCUGUGUAACGAUGCAAUUUUGGCACGCAGCAAAUUGCAGCCAAAAUCUUUUGCUCAUCUGGUGCGACUCAAGCGGCUGUCGUUAGAAUUCUGCAAAAUUGCCAAGUUCUCCAGUGAGGUGCUCAUUGGGUUAGGAGAACUACGCAACUUCACCAUCCGUACGCACAACAUUAACUGGCCAGAACUGAGCCUCGAGAUUGAGCCUACCGCGUUCGGCCACACACGCGGUUUGGAGAUGCUUGACCUUAGCAUGAACAACAUCUGGUCGCUACCCGAUCAUCUCUUCUGUCCUCUCAAUGGGUUGCGAUCGCUGAACAUUAGUGGCAACCGAUUGCAAGACGUGAAUGAUCUCGGAUUCCGAGAGAUAAAGCACGGGAAGGAUGACGGCAACAUCACGGGUUCGGUGGCACCACCCAUCAGCUGCGCUUUGGACCUGGAGGACUUGGACGUGUCACGGAACCACUUUGUGCUACUGCCGGCGGCUGGUUUUGGUAUGCUUAAGCGCUUGAAGCUGCUGAAGAUUCAUGACAACGAAAUUUCCAUGGUUGGUGAUAAGGCACUGAACGGAUUGAAAGACUUGCAGGUUGUGGAUCUAAGUUCGAACAAAAUUGUUGCUUUGCCCACGGAUUUGUUCAAAGACCCGGCGCAAUCGAUUCAGGAAAUAUACUUGCAGAACAACUCGAUCAGCGUGCUGUCUCCGGGAUUGUUUUCCAAGCUAGAGCAACUGCAAGCAUUGGAUCUAUCGAUGAAUCAGCUAACGUCGGCCUGGGUGAAUCGAGAGACAUUCGCUGGGUUGAUUCGAUUGGUGCUGCUCAAUCUGUCGAAUAACAAAAUUACCAAACUAGAAUCGGAGAUUUUUUCGGAUCUCUACACACUACAGAUUCUCAAUCUGCGCCACAACCAGCUGGACAACAUUGCGGCGGACACGUUCUCGCCGAUGAACAAUUUGCACACUUUACUAUUAUCACACAACAAGAUCAAAUAUCUUGAUGCUUACUCGCUGAAUGGAUUAUACGCUCUGUCACUUCUGUCGCUGGACAAUAAUGCUCUCACGGGCGUGCACCCUGAAGCAUUCCGGAACUGCAGUUCACUGCAGGAUCUGAACCUGAACGGAAAUGAGCUAGCACAGGUGCCUUUGGCGCUAAAAGACAUGCGACUGUUACGGACGGUUGACCUCGGAGAAAACUCUAUCAGUGUCAUUGAAGAGCCUGGUUUCAGAGGAAUGAACAAUCUGUAUGGUCUGCGUUUGAUAAGCAACAAUAUCGAAAAUAUUACACGCAAAGCGUUCAAAGAUCUACCAAGUUUGCAAAUUUUAAACAUUGCGCGCAACAAAAUAUCUCAUAUCGAGAAGGGUGCUUUCGAGGCGGCUGUUAGCGUACAAGCUAUUCGACUAGAUGGCAAUCUACUGACCGACAUAGGUGGUUUAUUUACAAAUAUGCCAAGUCUCGUCUGGCUUAACAUAUCCGAUAAUCGGCUUGAGCGCUUCGACUACUCGCAGAUUCCUUCUCAUUUGCAAUGGCUCGAUCUACACAAGAAUGAGUUAACGGAGCUGACAAAUCGCUACGGCAUGGAUUCCCAGCUACACCUGCAAACACUCGACGCCAGCUUCAACCAACUGACCAGAGUGACGCCAGCAACCAUCCCCAACAGUAUUGAGUUUCUAUUUCUGAAUGAUAAUCUGAUAGUGCACUUAGAGCCCCACUGUUUCAUGCAGAAGACGAACCUCACCCGCGUAGAUUUGUACGCCAACCAGCUCACUGGAUUGGACAUCAAGGCGUUGCGGCUGCAACCCGUUCCGGAAGACAAGCAGCUCCCGGAAUUUUACAUCGGUGGCAAUCCAUUCGUCUGCGACUGCAACAUCGAUUGGUUGCAGAAGAUUAAUCACGUCACCUCACGUCAGUAUCCGACCAUCAACGACAUUGAGACAGUGUACUGCAAACUAAUGUACAACCGCGAACGCUCCUAUGUCGCGCUUAUAGAAGCUGAGCCAAAGCACUUUCUGUGCAGCUACAACACGCACUGUUUCGCUCUAUGCCAUUGUUGCGAGUUUGAUGCGUGUGACUGCGAAAUGACCUGUCCGAAUAACUGCCACUGCUAUCACGACAAUAGCUGGUCUACAAACAUUGUUGAUUGCUCAGCCGCUGGCUAUACCGAUAUCCCGAACAACAUCCCCAUGGAUACGACGGAGGUUUAUCUUGACGGCAAUAAUCUGGUUGAACUAUCUGGCCACAGUUUUAUCGGUCGCAAAAACUUGCGUGUUUUAUACGGCAACCACUCCAACAUCGCCAUGUUAUACAACACGACCUUCAUAGGAUUGCGCCGACUUAUAACACUACAUUUAGAGUUCAACGUUAUACAAAAAUUGUACGGCUACGAAUUUGGUGCUCUUGAGAGUCUUCGGGAGCUGUAUCUGCAGGGUAACCGGAUUUCGUACAUUGAAGAUCACACAUUCAGCGAGUUGCGGAAGUUGGAAGUGCUACGGUUGGAUGGAAACCGUAUAACUAGCUUCGAAGUUUGGCAGCUGGCAGCAAAUCCUUAUCUGGUGGAGAUCGCUCUCGCAAACAACGCAUGGACAUGUGAUUGCGGAUUUCUCAACAAGCUUCGUGUGUACCUGCAGUCUAACGCCGACAAGAUAGUGGACGCGAACGAAAUUUCCUGUGUUUACAACAACCUUACGAGUAUCUUGAAAGAAAAAAAUGGAACCAAAUGUACUUUCCGCGAAGGAAUGUCCUCGAUCGUACAUACACAGGAGAUAGAAGAUAUGCUGCCUCUACUAUUAGUUGCUACAUGUGCGUUCGUCGGGUUUUUUGGUUUAAUAUUCGGCUUGUUCUGUUACAGAAAGGAGUUGAAGGUAUGGGUUCAUUCAGGCUGCCUUGGUUCGUUGUGCUACAAGUCCGGUACGUUCGUGAAUGAAUACGACAAAGAUCGGCUCUAUGAUGCGUACAUAACGUACUCGCUACAGGACGAGCACUUCGUAAACCAAAUACUAGCAGCGACUCUCGAAAAUGAUGUUGGUUUCCGAUUGUGCCUGCACUACAGGGACUUUAACACAGGUUCCUUUCUCGCAGAUACGAUCGUCGAAGCGGUCGAGAGUUCCAAGCGUGCAGUUUUGGUGCUUUCCAAGAACUUUCUGUACAACGAGUGGACGCGGUUCGAGUUCAAGGGUGCCGUUCACGAGGUGCUGAAGCGCCGCAGAAAGCUGAUCAUCAUCUUGUACGGAGACCUUCCGCAACGUGAUCUCGACGCCGAUUUGCGUUUGUACCUGCGCACAAACACGUGCAUCGAGUGGGAUGACAAAAAGUUUUGGCAGAAGCUUCGCAUCGCAAUGCCGCAAGUAAAGAAGAGCAACUGUCUGAACAAACGGUCAGCGAUCAACAUUUACGCCACCGCAAAUGAAUACAACACGACUGGCCGGCGACGUCUUCCUCCUGGGUCAAUCGGGCCACCAGUCGCGGUCACCCGGCUAGAGCAGCACAGUUACGCCACAAUCGGCAACUGUCCGCGAAACUGUGAUAACUACGAUACGGUUAAUAAUUGUAAAUACAACACCACCCAGCAUCAACACACUCACCAACCGCCGGAAAGGCGAGUAAACGAGCUCGGGCAGAAGGCCGCUGAUCGGCAGCACGAGUACGCCAUUCCCUCCAGUUGUCUCCUGGACACGACAAACGAAGUGUACAGUACUAGUUGUGAUCGCGUCGCAAGUGAAACAUUCGAGUGCACUUCCAGCUCCAAGUAUUCGACGUCCUCCAGGGGCUCCAGUGAUUGUAGCCAUUCGAUUUCCUCUAUACACGACGUUUCGGGUGCUACCGCUGGUCAAUUGCCAAACGGGUCAUGUCCACCGAAUGGGCUGUCUACCACUAACUUUACGUACCAUCAUCCUACUAGCAGCAGUCGCAAACCCUCUAAUACCGGUGGUGGCAGAUCGACAAAGGAUGCCAGCGAGGCGAGUAACUCGAAUGCGAACAAUUUCAAUGAUAGAAGACUGCCACAGGCAAUGUGGGCAUAACGAUUACUUAAGAGUUUAAGGUUAGUUAAUUAUUCUUAUCGUUAAACGGUUGAAACGUUACCUUAGCAAUCUGUACCGUUGAAAUGGAAGAUUGAGAGUGUAUGAGUGAGAACGUACACGGCAAACGAGCGUGAGGCUAGAAAGAUUCCAGUAUCCCUAGAAGUUGUUGAAUAUUUUUGAGACACAGUUUAGUUUUUAUUCCUCUUGUUUGCGAUCGCUUUCUAUAGAGUGUUUACAAGUACUUUCAUGCACGACACCCAACAUUCAUUUUAUGACACCACAGGAGCAUUUACUUGCCAGAACAUAGAAGCAAUGAUUGUGACGCAUAGAAAGUGGAAACUGAAUCAAAAUCGAGCGGUUUGUUUUAAAAAGGAACAUUUGCGAGUUUCCUGCGAUCUGCCGAAUGACAGUAGUUCAUGCAGUGCCUUUAGCGGGAAUUGAAUUGCGAAAGAAUCCUUCUGGGUGCGAGGAAACGGCCACGAAACUGUUCCACGGUGAGUUAUAUCAAUAAUAUUUCCGUGCACAGUCUUAUCCACAAGAAAAAUGAGGGGUUGAUAUAAGACAACCAGUGAGCGUUUCAACAAACCGAUAAGGUAACAUUGUUCUAGUCACACCGAUUUAUCAGUUUCUCAGUUCCAGUUUAUCGAUAGUAAAACGAUACCUGUGAUUUGUAAUCCGAUUUUCAAGUUGCGAAAGAUGGAGAGCGUAGCUAUGGCAAGAUUCUCCAUACAAAAGUACUCCAACAAAACGCCGCUAAGAACCGGAAACACGGGAGGUAAAAUUACUUAAAUUUGAUGCAAACCCCACACACUGGUUGAUAUAGAUUCACCGAACAGAAAAAAAUCAUGUAGCCCACAAAAAAAGGGAUAUGCUGGAUCAGAAGAAUUACUUACGCACACAAAUCUCGCUCAUCCCAUUGGUUCCGACCCAAGGCCAAUUGUAUUGAGAUGGAAUUUUAAUCCAAGGUUACCGUUUCCGGGAUCGACGAAAUAAGCUGAAUUUCUGUUUCUGUUUUCUGCUCCAGCCAUGCACGAUCAUGAUAAAGAAAAACUGGCAAGUUCAACAAAUCUUUCCGCUUUCGUUUUUCUCUCACAUCCUCUUUAAGUGAUUUUUCUUGGAGAAUAUAGCGUGAGCAAGCCAGAAUGUGAACGAUCGCCACAUGGAUAAAAGCAAUUGGUUAAAGGUAAGUUUGUUGUGUUUAGAUUCAUUUUGAAUACCUCAAAGAAGCAAAGAAUGAACGAAGAGAAUGUAUAAGUAAUUACUAGCAUAUAAUAAGUGCCAGGCAGUGUAAAUAAUUAGGCUAUACACUAUUUUAUGGUAAUGGAAAGAGAAGGUCAAUAAUUUCAUCAACGAAUAAUUCUCCUCGAAGCAUUACAAUAGGUUCAGUUCAUAGCAUUGUACAUACAUUAGAACGCUAGAAUUGGUCUUCAUGCAAGCCACGGUUAUAACAUUUUUGAGUAUUAUGGUUUGUUUUUGCAACCAAAAAUAGCUACAUACGGAUACGAUGAUAUGGAACUACAAACAUAGCAUACGUACAGCGUAAGAAAACAAAAGGAACGUAUUGAAUAAAUCCAAAGCUAUAUAGCGAGGGUUUUAACAUUCUAAUCAAAUCAGAGUUGGUGCAGCACAAGACCAAACGGAAUUACAAUAUAACACAAAAAAGACAACAUUUCGACUACAAAAAAACGGAAAUUUACAAAAUAAAAAGAAAAACCAAUGGGCCAUAUGAAUCAUUACUAUACAGUUACAAUGAAUGCGAACUACUAACUAACUACCAUUACAAACUCGAUAAGCAAAAUAAAUAGUUCUAACGUCGCAUGGAAAUAUAAUUGCUAAAAGUUUGCACAUAAUUAGAAAGUUAUUAUUUGAAAUUUCACUUACACCCACGGUAACAUCACACGUGCAACAUCGAAAUGGUUAGAAAUCACUGACACGCAAACAGAAAUCGACACACUUGAAAUAGAAUAAACCAGGCGUUCUCAAAACCUAUCCAUCAUUACCAUCUAACAAAUCCAUUGCUAGAAAAUCUUUAAAAUUGACCUAAAAACGCUGACCUAUAAGCCGAAGAGCAA